AUGAAGUCAUCGGCACUAGAAAGACCAAAGCGCGUCCGUAAGCCGUCACGGAAAGUCCUUGAGGGAGGAGGAGUCAAAGCAAAGAUUUGUAACCGCCCAGUGCCAGACUCGCCGUCUGCAGUUGUGGGAAAGCGCCCUCGUAGCGUGCGCUCGCGCUCUCGCGACUCCUUACCACCAGAACCCGAGAAGGAGGCUGCUACCAGCCCAAACCCGGCAGAUACUGCCGGAUCCUUGGCAUCGCGAGGCAAAGGACGCGACCGGCCACGCGCCGAGAGCUUGACGCGUCCAGCCUUCGAGGAGGCGCCUGAAAUUGGCCAAGACAGGUUUAUUCCGGCCGAACCCUCUGCAUCCCGAGGCAAAGAACGCGGGCGGGCACGCGCGAGGAGCCCAACGCGUGAAGACUCCGGCGAGCUCGUGUUCUUCCCACAAGAGCAACGACUUAAAAGCGUAAGCGGGAGUGCGCCAGUCCAUUGUCUCACGGAAAUGGACGAGGAUGAGGAAUCGGGGGCGACGUCCUUGAUACCGUCCACCCAGCAACAACCUGCUGACCACGAAGUUAUUGUGGUCAGCGACAACGAGGACAUGGAGCAACAACCUGCCGACCACGACGUCAUCAUGGUCAGCGACGACGAGGACAUGGAGCAACAACCUGCCGACCACGACGUCAUUGUGGUCACUGAUGACGAGGACAUGGAGACGUUCGAAGUGCUUGUCGAGCGACAGUCCGGCGGCCGAAAUGUCUUUGUGAUCGUCGACGAGAUCAUUGAGAUCAUCGACGACGAGGUCAUUGAGAUCAUCGACGACGAGGUCAUGAUGACCGAGACGUCACCAGAGCGAGGCAUUGCCCGCGCGCGCUCAAGGAGCUCAACGCGUGGUGCACCCGUGAAUGCUGUCGAAGGAGAGCGGCUGGAGGCGGAACCUGCGGCGUCUGCGGAGGCGACGCAAACUCCUCCAACCGCGUCAGGCUCAGCGCAACGUACAGGAGCGGCCGUCCACUCCAUCGGCGAACAACAACCCGCCGCGAGCACCGAGUUCACGGAUAAACGGCUCCAUAUCGACAUCGUCGUUGCCAAGGCUGGGAAAAAGGCUCAUGACCAGUACAAAACGCUCAUGCAGGGCCGCCUUCCCGGAGUUCCAUUGCCUCACCUUAACAAAGUCUAUGAGAAGGAGGGGUACUAUCACCUCCUCUGCAAGAAACGCCUUAAUAUUAUAGCUGCCAUCUCUUUCCGCGUCCUCAAGAGGCCUGCGCUAGCGGAGAUUCAUUUGUUGGCCGUGAACCCCAACUACCAAAACACGGGUCUCGGAUCCAAGCUGAUGGAUCGUACGGAGGCGUUCAUCCGCGAGAAGCAGCCACAGACAAGGAAAAUUGUGAUGAACGCCACAGUCGAGGCUAUAGGCUUCUACAAGAAGAAAGGGUACGAGGAGGUGGAUGAGGAAAAGUACAAGAAGCUCCUUGGGUCGUGGACUGGAGUUGUGCCGAUGGAACGCCAACUAGUGAACGGUCCCUCCGGGCGUUCUUAA